CGUCAGUCAGUCACCGGUUCAUGCACGCUCAGAGAUUCAGCUAUCCUCACAAUAACUGUGGCGUCACUCGGUUAGUCUUGUUUGAACACAGAAAUCAAAAUGGGAGAGCAACUGAGUCCAGAUGAGAAGUUUCAUCUCAUUACUCGUAAUCUUCAGGAGGUUCUUGGAGAGGAGAAGUUGAAGCAGAUUCUUCAGGAGAGAGAACUGAAGGUGUACUGGGGUACAGCGACCACAGGGAAGCCCCAUGUAGCUUACUUCGUCCCUAUGUCCAAGAUUGCUGACUUCCUAAAGGCUGGUUGUGAGGUGACCAUCCUGUUUGCGGACCUUCAUGCUUACUUGGACAACAUGAAGGCCCCCUGGGAGCUGCUAGAACUCAGGACCAAGUAUUAUGAACAGAUUAUAAAAGCCAUGCUGGAAAGCAUCGGGGUCCCACUAGAGAAGCUGAAGUUCGUUAAAGGCACAGAUUUUCAGCUCAGUAGAGAGUACACACUGGAUGUGUACAGGCUCUCAUCUGUAGUCACUGAGCACGACGCUAAAAAGGCUGGAGCUGAAGUGGUCAAACAGGUGGAACAUCCGCUCUUGAGUGGCCUGCUUUACCCUGGACUUCAGGCUCUGGAUGAAGAGUAUUUAAAAGUGGAUGCUCAGUUUGGAGGAGUGGACCAGAGGAAGAUUUUCACUCUGGCUGAAAAGUACCUACCAUCUCUAGGCUAUACAAAGCGCAUCCAUCUGAUGAACCCUAUGGUUCCAGGAUUGACUGGAGGCAAGAUGAGCUCCUCUGAAGAGGAAUCUAAGAUCGACCUGCUUGACAGGAAAGAGGAUGUGAAGAAAAAGCUGAAGAAGGCCUUCUGUGAGCCUGGAAAUAUCCAGAACAACGGUGUUCUGUCCUUUGUCAAACAUGUUCUCUUUCCCCUGCAUUCUGAAUUUGUUGUCAAGAGAGAUCCAAAAUGGGGUGGUGAUAAAGUGUACACAGUCUAUGAGGAGGUGGAGAAAGACUUUGCAGAAGAGCAAAUUCACCCAGGUGAUCUGAAGGCUUCUGUCGAGGUGGCCCUGAAUCAAUUACUGGACCCUAUCAGGAAGAAGUUUGAGACAGCUGAACUGAAAAAACUUACCAGUGCUGCUUACCCAGCGCCUUCCAAAAACAAGGGAGUGGCUAAAGGGAAUCCCAAAACUGCAGCGGAAGAGGACGAGAUCAUUCCCUCUAGGCUGGACAUGAGAGUUGGGAAAAUCAUCAGUGUGGACAGGCAUCCAGAUGCAGAUUCCCUGUACCUGGAGAAGAUUGAUGUUGGUGAGGCAGAACCUCGAACAGUAGUGAGUGGGCUAGUGGCAUACGUUCCCAAGGAAGAGUUGCAGGACCGUAUGGUGGUGUUGCUAUGCAACCUGAAACCACAGAAGAUGAGGGGCAUUGAAUCUCAGGCUAUGCUGCUUUGUGCCUCAGUUGAGGGUGAGCCCAGAAAAGUGGAGCCUUUGGACCCUCCAGAGGGGUCGUCACCAGGGGAACGGGUUUUCAUUGAAGGAUAUGAAUCAGGGAAGCCUGACGACGAACUGAAACCAAAGAAGAAGGUGUUUGAGAAGAUACAGGUGGAUUUGAAGAUCUCAGAUGAACUUGUCGCUCAGUGGAAGGAGAAAAAUUUGAUGACAAAACUAGGACAAAUCACCUGUAAAACACUGAAAGGUGGUAAUAUCAGUUAAACCUUCUCAUUUCCUCCAGCAUACCACCUUCAAAGUACUAAUGACAACACAGCGUCUUAACAGUGCCUGCAAAGAACCAGUUAUGCUCCUGUAUGGUUGUUUCAUCACUUUUAUCAUCAAAGGUCAAGAACUACUUAUUGAAGCAAGUGUGCUACAGUGCUCUUGUUUUACUCUUUACUCUUUACCAUGUUAUCAGCUUGUCUGCAUUGAACAGACAGCAUUGGAUAGCCGUCGAACUUCUCUUGAUGUUGUCCUCACAUCGUUCUCAAUAAGCCAGUUAUUUUACAUUGUACUCUUUGUCUCCACUCCCGUCUGUCUGAAAGCUUAUAUUACUCCUGAUAUUCCUAAUUUGGCAUGACACGUGAGGGGUUAAACAGAUAUCUUCCACUGUCCUGCAUCUCAGGUUUUUUUUUUUUUUUCUGGUGCCAAGAUCUUAAGUCACUUGCAUUCACAUCACAAAUCAGUCAAGCACAAAGGUGCAAUUGUGUGUGUUACAGCUGAUGUAUGUUCAGAGUAAACCUAUAGAAUAAAGUGAAACGGUUAUAUCGCAGAAGUACGGGUGAUGGAGAAUAUCAUGUAAUUCCAUGCAAGACCUGGCUUUGUUGUAAAACAAUUUGGUAAUAUGGUAAACUUGGAAAUUUGCUGGACUCAUCAAAAAUAAGGAUUAUUCUUAUUCUCAUAAAACUCUGAAAUAAACAC